UCUAUUCGCCCAAACCUAACUUAAAUUAAAUACCAUAGCCCGAUAUAAAUACAAAGAAAUGAAAAAAUAAAAAUUAAAAAAAAACUUUAAAAUAUGGACAACCAAAGCAAAAUUUAAAAGUUUACAUGUUUUUGUUAAAGGAAAUACUUCAUUCUACAAGCACCCAAAACCAUCUGUAUAUUUACCGAGUGGGGACGGUGUAGUGUAUGUGUUACUGAGUUGUGGAUUUGCGAGGUUUUGGGCCUUUAUAGUCUUUUCCUUUAUGAGAAGGAGAGAAUUGCUUGUCGGUCUGUUUGAAGCUUGUAAUAGUUGGAAAUCAGUGGCCAAACUUCACUGUCAAACACUCAAAGCUGGUUUUGCCCAGGACAGUUUCUUUGCCACCAAACUUACCCUUUUAUAUGCUAACCAUGCAUCGCUAGAGAAUGCUCGUAGAGUGCUCGAUGAAACGCCUCAUAGAAGUGUUUAUCUUUGGAAUGCUACAAUCAGGAGCUAUUGUAAGAAGAACCAAUGGGAAGAGACCUUGUGUCUUUUUCACAAUAUGGUAUCUAGUGGAAGAGUUGAUGAUGAGAAGCCUGAUAAUUUCACAAUACCCAUUGCUCUUAAAGCUUGCGCCGGGUUAAGGGCGCUAGAAUAUGGAAAAAUUGUACAUGGGUUUAUAAAGAAAAAUGCCAAGAUUUGUUCGGACAUUUAUGUGGGUUCUGCCCUUAUCGAAUUGUAUUCCAAAUGUGGACAAAUGGACGAUGCCUUGAAAGUUUUUAAGGAGUUUCCUCAACCUGAUGUCUUUUUGUGGACUUCGAUGGUCACUGGAUAUGAGCAAAAUGGUAGUCCUGAAGAAGCGCUUUCCUUUUUCUCCCAAAUGGUAGCUGCGGAGUGUGUUAAUCCUGACAUAGUGACGCUUGUUAGUGUUGUUUCUGCUUGUGCUCGGCUAUUAAAUUCCAACCUUGGCUGUUGUAUACAUGGUUUUGUUAUUAAGAAGGGAUUUGAUGCUGAUUUAGCUUUGGGUAAUUCAUUUCUGCAUCUAUAUGCAAAGACAGGUCAUACAAAAGAUGCAACUAGCUUGUUUAGAAAGAUGCCAGAACAAGAUAUUAUCUCAUGGAGCACAAUGGUUGCCUGUUAUGCUCAUAAUGGGGCUGCAGUGGAAGCAUUGGAAACUUUCAACGAAAUGAUCGAUAAGAAAAUCGAUCCCAAUUCAGUAACUGUCGUUAAUGCAGUACAAGCAUGUGCUGUUUCCUCUAACUUGGAAGAGGGUAGGAAGAUCCAUGAACUAGCUGUUAAGAAAGGUUUUGAGAUGGACAUUUCGGUCUCUACCGCUUUAAUUGAUAUGUACAUGAAGUGCUUCACCCCUGACAAAGCAGUUGAUAUCUUCAAAAGAAUGCCCAACAAAGAUGUGGUUUCUUGUGCUGCAAUGUUGGGUGGAUACGCUUAUAACGGAAUGGCAUACAAGUCAAUUGGAGUCUUCCGCGACAUGCUUUUAGAAGAGAUGCAGCCUGAUGCUGUUGCUAUGGUGAAGAUUCUUGCAGCUUGUUCAGAGUUGGGAAUUCUUCAACAAGCUCUUUGUCUUCAUUGUUAUGUUAAAAAGAAUGGCUUUCUUAAUAAUAUCUUUGUUGGAGCUUCAUUAAUGGAGCUGUAUUCGAAAUGUGGUAGCAUAGAUAAUGCUAUCCAAGUUUUUGAAUCUAUGGUGGACAAAGAUGUCGUUAUCUGGAGUGCAAUGAUAGCGGCUCAUGCCAUUCAUGGCAAAGGAGGAGAAGCUUUAAAAAUAUUUGAGCAGAUGAUCAAGGACUCAACUAUUAGUCCCAACGACAUCACAUUUCUCUCUGUUUUGUCAGCUUGUAGCCAUUCAGGUUUGGUUGAAGAAGGGAUAGAGAUAUUCAACAUGAUGCUUCAUGAAUACCAUUUGAAGCCUAGCUCUGAGCAUUAUGGAAUAUUAGUUGAUCUUCUUGGCCGUAAAGGAGAAUUAGACAAGGCCGUGGAAAUUAUUAACCAAAUGCCAGUUCCAGCUGGGCCACAUGUUUGGGGAGCCUUGCUGGGUGCAUGCCGGAUUCAUCACCAUAUGAAGUUGGGAGAGUUUGCAGCAAAUAAUCUUUUCCACUUAGAUCCUAAUCAUGGAGGUUAUUACAUACUGUUAUCAAAUAUGUAUGCCGCGGACCAGAAAUGGGACAGUUCGGCAGAACUUAGAAUGCUAGUAAAGGAAAACAUGUUGAAAAAGAUGUUAGGACAAAGUGUGAUUGAGGCAGGAAAUGAGGCAUAUAGCUUUGUUGCUGAUGAUAGACUUCACCCAGACUCUGAGCAAAUCUAUGAUGUGCUGGGAAAACUUGGAGUGAAAAUGAGAGAGGAAGGUUAUGUUCCUGAUUCAGAACUUUUGGUGUAUGAUUGGUAACAGGUUUCAUAGUGUCCAUUUUUUUUAAUUUUUUUUAUUGGAAUCUGAGGCCAAUUUGAAAUUUUAUGAUAUAAGAAAAAUGUUUUACUUUUAUUAAGUUGAUUUUUAUGAAAUGAAGUUUUAUUGAUC